GCAUCGAUGAGGUCGUUGGACAACAAGCAUUACUUGUAUAUAGAGAAGUAAAAAGAGUGACAACUACAUAGCUAGCUAUCAACUCUCCCUCGUCGUCUCCGCCCCUCUCAACUGUCCUUCUUCAUAUCACCUCUCCUCUCAUUCCAUUCGAUUUCACUCUCACUUUCCAAAAUGAACGCACAUUCCUCUUCGAUAAUCUCAAUGGCUUCUCCUUCUCCUUCCCAAUCUCUCCGCAACUCAACAUCCCUCCCUUUCUCAACUCUCAUCCUCCCCCGCAACUCCUCCCAUCGCCGCCGUCACUCUUCCUUCAAAAUCCAAGCCAAGAUCCGCGAAAUCUUCAUGCCUGCACUCAGUUCCACCAUGACCGAGGGUAAAAUCGUCUCGUGGAUCAAAUCCGAAGGCGACACUCUCUCCAAAGGUGAUAGUGUUGUUGUUGUUGAAUCGGAUAAAGCUGAUAUGGAUGUUGAGACUUUCUAUGAUGGAAUUCUUGCUGCUAUUGUUGUUUCUGAAGGUGAAACUGCUCCGGUUGGUGCUCCGAUUGGUUUGCUCGCUGAGACUGCUGAGGAUAUCGCGGAAGCUCAAGCGAAAGCCAAAUCGGUCAAAUCCGGUUCCGGUUCUUCUUCUCCUCCUCCUGAAAUACCUGACACUCCUCCGGUGACUUCUCAGUCUCCUUCUCCUCCUCCGCCACCACCGGUUAAGGCUGUUUCUGAUGGUCCUAAGAAAAUCACGGCAACACCUCAGGCUAAGAAACUUGCGAAGCAGCACAAGGUUGACAUUGCUUCCGUCAAUGGGACUGGUCCGUUUGGUAGGAUUACUCCGGCUGACGUGGAGGCUGCUGCUGGGAUUGUGCCGUCGAAGAGUAAUGCACCUUCUGUAGUAGCUUCUGCUCCGGUGGCAUCGGCUCCACCAAAAGCUGCUUCUUCUUCUGCUGCACCGCCUGCGUUGCCUGGUUCCAGUAAUGUUGCUUUCACAACUAUGCAGUCUGCUGUUGCUAAGAACAUGGUGGAGAGUCUUUCUGUUCCUACGUUCCGUGUUGGAUAUCCGGUUACCACGGAUGCUCUUGAUGCUCUAUAUGAGAAGGUGAAACCUAAGGGUGUUACUAUGACGGCUAUAUUGGCCAAGGCUGCUGCCAUGGCACUUGUUCAGCAUCCAGUUGUCAAUGCCACCUGCAAAGACGGCAAGAACUUUCACUAUAACAGUAACAUUAAUGUUGCUGUUGCCGUGGCAAUCAAUGGUGGUUUGAUAACCCCAGUUCUUCAAGAUGCUGAUAAGUUGGACUUGUAUCUGUUGUCCCAAAAAUGGAAAGAGCUAGUUGGAAAGGCUCGUUCAAAGCAAUUGCAACCUCAUGAGUAUAAUUCAGGAACUUUCACGCUUUCAAACUUGGGUAUGUUUGGAGUUGACAGGUUUGAUGCCAUACUUCCACCAGGCCAGGGGGCUAUCAUGGCUGUCGGAGCAUCAAAGCCUACUGUUCUGGCUGAUGCAGAUGGAUUCUUCAGGGUGAAAAAUAAAAUGCUGGUGAAUGUAACAGCUGAUCACCGAAUAAUUUAUGGGGCUGACUUGGCUGCCUUCCUUCAGACAUUCUCUAAAAUCAUUGAAAACCCAGAAAGCCUAACAUUAUAGUCAUUCUUCAGAGAUAUAUAUUUAGUUCCACCGGAAGGUGUUUCUUGAGAAGCUGUUUGGCUCAAUUCUUAAACUUUUUGCACUUUCUCUUUACACUUUCAUUUUGUUAUACUUUACUAGAUCAAUCACCCGGGAAUUCUUAAACUUUGUACUUUUUCUUUGCACUUUCUUUUUGUUAUAUUUUACUAGCUCGAUCACAUAGAGAUGCACAUGCAUAAGAUUGUAAUAAUAUUUGUGAGAGACCAUAAUUUAAUUGUCUACUAAUUUAUUAAUAAGUUUAAA